CUCGCAGUGUUUCGUUAAUGGGGUAAACGACAUGUCGUUGUCUUACAGGCCAAAAAACACAAAAAGGAGCCAAAGAAGGAAAAUUUCUACUAACCAACUAAACUGAAAAUGGCGCUACAAAUCCACAGUCCCUCAUCCUUCACCAGCAAACCCUAUCAUCAUCUUCCUCACACUCCUCUGCUCCACUUUUCAGUCAGAACCCAAUUCACAGUCAAGUCACAGACACCAUCAGAGCCGUCCAAGCCCAAAGCUGAGACCACCCAGGCCCCACCCAAGAAACCCACCUCAGCUGGGCUCGGCUUUGGCUCAUCUCCUUCUUCUCCAACCACGCAGAAUGUGAAUUCUGUCCCUAAUAAGAAGAAAAGGGUAAUUCGGAGGUCACCAGUGGAAAAGCCGCUACUUUAUUCUGAAGAAGAUGAGGCUAAGGCCAAAGAGAUGGGCACAAAUGAGAGCGCUUUUGUUCUUGCUUGGUUGGGGCUUGGCGGUGUCAUUCUAGCUCAAGGACUUCUUCUCGCUGCAUCGGGCUUCCUGCCAGAAGAAUGGGACAAGUUCUUUGUGAAGUAUUUAUAUCCAUCUUUUACACCAACAGUCGGCUUGUUUGUUGCUGGAAGUGUUGCGUACGGAGUUUUGAAGUAUCUGCAGAAUGAGGAACUUAAAGGUAAGAAAUGAUAUUUAUUUGUAUAGAUAGUACAUGUGGAGCCAAUUCAGUAGUUUUUCAAGCUGUACUUGUAGUGCUUGAUAGAAAGAUGAAUCAGCUGAGAAAUUGCAAACCACCUCCAUUGGAUCCGUUAAGCACAAUGUGCCAUCCCUUGAUUAAUUUCUACAAGCUAUGCUUGAAGCCAUGUUAUUUUUAAAAGUCACAUGGCAAAAGUUCAGUAACACCCAGUCCCCAUUGAGGAAACCUCAUGUUCUAAUGGUCUGUCCUGUCACUGGACUAUCCAGGUCAAGAGAGAAUCCAUACACAAUUGUAUGCUACACUGUUUUUGCCCUGUGCUCUUGGCCUUCAUCCUUUUACUUAUAUUGCUUUAUACCAUAGAAUUGCACCCA